GACAGCGUUUGCGGACGCGCAUUAUGCUACUUCUGAUUGCACUCGCUGCGGGAUUCAUUCGAAGUUCUACGUCCCUUACUUGCUACGAGAAUGAUUCAGAGGGCAAUAUGCGCGAGGUCACCAACGAUCAGUGGAGUUAUUGCGCGUUCAUUCCAGAAACUGAAAACUCCCAAGGAAAACUAUUCGGAAUCGGACCCAAUGAGGAGAGUUUAGCUGGUUACGAUCAGACGUUUCAACAAUCGGACAAUCUUUACAAAGUUUUAAGCGUCUGUAUUUAUGAGAAGUACGAGUUGGGGAAACUGUCGCCUCGAUUCGGGCGUUCCGAAUUUUUGUUCCGCUGCGUUUGCAAUUACGAUCGAUGUAACUCGCAUCAAACGUUCAAAGGUUACCUCAAGAGCGUACAGCGGGAUAACGAACCAUGACAAGACUGGGUCAUCAAUGCGGUUAUCUCUCAUUGAUGAGGUGUGACUAGGUUACAUAACGGUUCAAUGAUGUGCGAGGGCUAUCAACUGCCUUUGAAACUUAAGAUAGAAGCAUUUAGAGGAUCUCAGUCGGUCAUGCCUAGUUGUCUCGCUAGUAUGUGUUUCAAACUUGGAUCUCACUGUUGCGUGUUCAAAGUAAAUUUAUGUAAGAUAUUUCCGAAG